GCGCUGCAUCAUUAGCACACAGUCUAGUUUUGGACUGAACAUUGUAAAACUGAACAUUCAGCUCAACUACAAGCUUGAAAUGGAAGCAAAGCGGAUGAUUUUGUUGCUGUCGACAUGCUGGAGUUUCUGUGGGGCGGGAAAUGAGUUUUACUCAUCAACAGAGACUUUAGAAAAGCUGAAGUCCGCAGCUCAGACUCUCCCCGGUGCAGAUGAUGUUGACGGUGUAGUGAUGGCUCUGGUUCGACUGCAGGAAAUGUACAGAUUAGAUCCAAGGAACAUCUCCUUAUUUUCUCAAAUGAGCCACAACUUCACACUGGAUCCAGAUGAAACUUUCCACAUCGCCAUGAUCUCCUAUCAUAAUCAUCAUUUACAGUAUGCGCUCCUCUGGAUGGAGGAAACCCUCAGGAAACUAGAUGAGGGUGAGGAAGCCACUGUGACUAAAGAUGAGGUGCUUUACCAGCUGGCUUCAUUUUCCUAUCAGCUGGCAGUGAUUCGGCUGUCAUCUGGACAAGAACCCACAAAUGGAGAUCUGCUUCAUCCUGCGCUUCACAAAAGCAUACUAGAGAGCGUCCAGACCCGGGAAUGGACUGCAAAAUACAUCCCUCACACUGACACGGAGAACACAUACGAGGCUCUUUGCACAGGAAGAAGAGUUACGAUGACGCCACAGAGAGAGAGAAAACUGGUGUGCAGGUACAGGACAGGAAGAGGAAACCCGCUGAUGCUCUUCAAAGAGGAAGUGGAGUGGGACCAGCCGAUGAUCCUACGAUACCAUGACUUUCUUUCUGAAGGAGAGAUCGACACCAUCAAAACACUGGCCAGACCCAAGCUUUCCAGAGCUCAAGUCAUUGAUGCAGUCUCUGGGAAAAGGGUUUCUGCUGCGUCCCGUGUGUCACAGAGUGCGUGGCUCUAUGAGGAUGAAGACCCUGUGGUCACUGAAGUCAACCAGAGAAUCGCUGAUGUCACUGGACUGAAGCUACAGACAGCAGAGAGCCUCCAGAUUGCAAAUUAUGGAAUUGGAGGCCAGUAUGAGCCACAUUACGACUCCAAGUUGACAAAUGACUCAGACUUUCAGCUCAGAGGAGGCCGGAUUGCUACUGUCCUUAUCUAUAUGAGCGAUGUGGACAUUGGUGGAGCAACAGUUUUCCCUGAUGUUGGAGCAGCACUUCAGCCAAAGCGAGGUUCAGCAGUGCUGUGGUUUAACCUGCUGAGGAAUGGGAAUGAAGAUGUCCGAACUUUACAUGCAGCAUGUCCUGUGUUUGUAGGCAGUAAAUGGGUUGCCAACAAGUGGAUUCGUUCGUAUGGGCAGGAGUUCAGAAGAAAGUGCUCCACAAUCAAAUCUGAUUAAAACACCCAGAUAAGAGACAGAGAAAAUAAAUCAUGCUCCAAGAUGCAGUGAAGAGACAAUGUGAUGUUAUGAAAAAAGUGUGUGUGUGU